UGAGCGGACGCCGAGGCCACCUGAUCCCAUCCAAGCGCAGCCAGGCAAUCGACCCAGCGCUCUGUGCUCAAGGCCCCAGUGCCCUCGGACCCCUGGGGAUUUCGGAACUAGAGGCUAAAGGGAGCGGGAAGCUACCCCUCAACCGGGUUGGAGGCCGAGCCCACGCGUGCGGUCAGACCUGCUAGGACCUGGAGCCCAUCUCUGCCUUCCGCAAACUCGUCUGCCUGCUUCUCCUGCCAGGCUUCUCAGGAACCCUGGCCCUGCUACCAGAGCCCCAGGAGCCCCCAUGAGUUCUGGUGAAGGGAGUCCUGGAUAGCAAGGCCCUGGGUGGACCGGGGUGGGUGCUCCACCAUGCCACCCAUUUUCCAACGCCUGCAGCAGGCCACCAAGAUGAUGAGCCGCAGGAAAAUCCUGCUGUUGGUGCUGGGGUGCAGCACUAUAAGCCUCCUCAUCCACCAGGGGGCACAGCUCAGCUGGUACCCCAAACUGUUCCCUCUGAGCUGCCCUCCUCUGCGGGAGUCACCACCGCGCCCCAAGCACAUGACAGUGGCCUUCCUUAAGACGCACAAGACAGCAGGCACAACGGUGCAGAAUAUCCUGUUCCGCUUUGCAGAGCGCCACAACCUGACAGUGGCCCUGCCACACCCAAGCUGUGAGCACCAGUUCUGCUACCCACGCAACUUCUCAGCACACUUCGUGCAUCCGGCCACGCGGCCGCCACAAGUCUUAGCCAGCCACCUGCGCUUCGACCGUUCAGAGCUCGAGCGCCUCAUGCCACCAGGCACCAUUUACGUCACCAUCCUGCGCGAGCCAGCAGCCAUGUUUGAGUCACUCUUUAGCUAUUACAACCAGUACUGCCCAGCCUUCCGGCGCGUGCCUAAUGCGUCACUGGAAGCCUUUCUACACGCCCCUGAGGCCUACUACCGUGCGGGUGAGCAUUUCGCCAUGUUUGCACACAAUACCCUGGCCUAUGACCUCGGUGGCGACAACGAGCGCAGCCCACGCGAUGACGCUGCCUACCUGGCGGGCCUCAUCCGCCAGGUGGAGGAGGUCUUCUCACUGGUCAUGAUUGCCGAGUACUUCGACGAAUCGCUAGUACUGCUACGGCGCCUGCUGGCCUGGGACCUGGACGAUGUACUGUACGCCAAACUCAACGCGCGUGCUGCUAGCUCGCGCUUGGCUGCCAUCCCCGCGGCGUUGGCGCGGGCGGCCCGCACCUGGAACGCGCUCGACGCCGGCCUCUACGAUCACUUUAACGCCACCUUCUGGCGCCGCGUGGCGCGCGCCGGCCGCGCGUGCGUGGAGCGCGAGGCGCAGGAGCUGCGGGAUGCUCGCCAGCGCCUGUUGCGCCGCUGCUUCGGCGACAAGCCGGUGCUGAGGCCCGCCGCGCAGAUACGCACCAAACAGCUUCAGCCAUGGCAACCCAGCCGCAAGGUGGACAUCAUGGGCUAUGACCUGCCAGGCGGCGCUGGUGGCGCUGGCCCUGCCACUGAGGCCUGCAUCAAGCUGGCCAUGCCUGAGGUGCAGUAUUCAAACUACCUGCUGCGCAAGCAGAAGCGUCGUGUCAGUGCACGGGCCCGGCCUGAACCUGUCCUGGACAACCCACCCCCAAGACCCAUCAGGUCACUGCCCCGAGGCCCCCAGGGACCCUGAGCACCACCUGCCUGCCGAAUCCCGGCACCUGUCUUGACCUCCCAGGAGGAGGCUCCUUCUAGGUCCUUGCCCCAUCUGGUCCCUUUCUUUCCCAGGGCCUUGAGCCCUACGCCGAAACUGGGGAUGUAUCUCUCCAUCUGAGCCCUCCUCUCCAGACUGGGCCGAGUGCCACCUUCAGGGGUGAUGCUGAUAUGCCUGAGGCCUGGGCCACCCUCUCAUUCCCAGAUGGUUGGUGACUUUAACAAAGGGCCUUCCAAGACUGACCACCCUGCUGUUUUCUGGGGGCUGAGCCCUCCAGCCCACCCCACAGUCUUUUCAAGUAGAUAAAUAUAAGAGCCAGAGAAAGGUACCCUGGGAGAACCCUGGGAAAAGGCGGUGCUUCCUGACAGAGUUGUGGAGCUCUCACUCUUUCCAGGGUUGUAGAAUCCCAUACUGUCUGUCUUCCAGGUUCUACCCUAUCCACAGACUAAGCUGCUCCCAGACUCCUAGAACCAAGAGUUCUUGGGUUGGGCUUUUUGUUUGGUUUUCCUAUUUUUAA